GCAUUGCUCCGAAAAUCUCAUGUAAAUGGAAAGAACUUUCUUCGCAACUGCUCUUUCGGAGAUUUCUAUCGGAUCCCUAUCCGUCGCUACUUCUCCGAUCAUGUGAUUAUAUCGGCUAGCUACCGCCACUGACAUCAAUUCCGACGGAGGUCUCCAUUAGAAACGUUCUUUCCUCUUCUUUAAUCGGAACACAUCCGUCGGAACGAUCCGUAAUAUCAACAUUCAACACAUAUUCUACGGCGGAAUAACACGACACCAAUGGACACAUCCUGAUUCUAUAAUAUCGCCAUGAAAGCUGCGAGGUAUUCCACCUCUCGGCAAAAGGCUUGUCAACAGUGUUCAGCAGCGAAGGCCAAGUGCGACCGCAAGGCAGGAUGCUGUGCUAGAUGUUCUUUACGUGGGUUAUCAUGUUCUUAUCCUCAGGCUCAAUCACCGGAUAGAUCCGAACAAAACACAAGAAAUAAUAGCGAAAGAGGGUUACACAACGCCUUUUCCACUCCGAACACUCUCUCUACACCCAGUGGUUUGAUUCCAAGUCUCGAACGCGAGACACCUGCCGGGACCGACGAAACUCAGAAUUCAAUAGCCGAUUUAACUCAAGCUAUUACCUGCGCUAGCCCAACAAAUGCAUCCUCGGAGACAUUCAUAGAAGACCAGACUCUGGUCGGCGCAAGGCCCGACGCUACGAGCCGUUUGUCCAGAAGAUUGGAAUCCCUCGACUUUUCUGACCUUGAGCUCUUUAGCCCGAUUAAUGUGGACGAUAUAAGUAAUCGCUGGUUGAAUUCAUACAUUCCUGUCCCUGGGCAGAAGGUUAAAGAUUAUCCCGCUACUAUCACGGCUUUCAUUUACCGGAUUCUAAAUUCUUAUGCUGCCACUGCCGUGCGUGGCCGUGGAGCCCCGCCAUUCAUACACUCUUCGCAGGUUUUACCAACUUCAACAAGACCACCACUUUCUACUUGCUUGAGUUUAGUUCGGAUUUGCGAAAACCCCUUACCGGGCAGUGAGAUCGUCGCAUCCGACGUGCUAGGGAGAGAGAUGAACAAUCUCUAUGAGCAAAAUGCGAUGUAUGAUGAUGUGACUCAAUUGGCAGCUUUUCAAGCAUACCUGAUUUACGCCAUGGUACUAUUUUUCAAGCUCAACCAAGUUUCAAAUGCACCUCUCCGACAGGUAAUGAUGAAUCUUCAGCAACUUGCAUGUUCAAGUAGCCGAGGAGGGCUCAUGUGCAUGGCAGAACAACAACGCGCUCGCCCCAGAUGGGAAGCUUGGAUUGUUGCCGAAUCAAAGCGCCGCACAUUAUUCACGAUGUACCUUUUUGACAGCGUGCUUUCUGCUCAAGAUGGUCUUCAAACGUUCCUUGGUACUGAACUACAGGGCCUUUUCUCUUCAUCAAACAAAAUUCUAUGGAGGGCUCAAUCGCGACUCGAGUGGGAAACGGCCUACAACAUCCACCUAGCGGAUUGGCCAGAGGGUGAUUUUCGCAUUGAUGAGCUUUGGCCAAUUCCAGCGGGCCUUGAUGACUCUGAGAUUGUCGAAAGACGCAGAAGGGUAGACCGGUGGCUUGAGGAUGUUGACGAGUUCGGAACGAUGCUCUAUGCAGUCACUAGUUGCACACACGGUGGUUGAUUUCGGAGCUAACCGAUCGUCCGCCACGAAGAAUGAGAUCAACACCACCACCACCAUAAUGCAGUUGGCGGCGCUUAUAUAUAGAACUAGGACUUCUCUAGUGCCUUCAAUGCAUCUUCUAUGGAAAUUACCCUCAAAUUCAUUUUCGCUAAAAGGG